CACCCCAACUGGUUUUUCACCUCUCAUCUUCAUAAUCAACUCUAUGAUCCAAACCAUACUUCAGUAAAGAUCUGUUAAAUCAGUCUCAUGUUCAGUGAUAUAUAUAACGUGUAGCUUUUCAAUUCCCCAAAUCUUAAUAUUAACUGAACAUGGACUGUAGUAUAAUAAUAUUCUCUAUUUUUCUGGUGGCUGCUUCAGGACAGCGGCUACAACAGGACCAGAUAUCAAAGUCUAUGAGAGAGAAACAGAGCGUCUCCUUCGGCUGCAAAGUUACUGAUCGGUGUAGGGGUAACCUGGUCCACUGGUACCAGAAGAGAGAGGGUGAACCCUUUACUCGGAUUCUAUACUUUGAUUUUGAUGACAAUUCUAUCAGUCGUGAUUCCACUCAUCCUCAGAGAGCAGAUUUCACUGUUGGGAGGGAGUCUGACACCAGUGAGCUGAAGAUCCAGUCAGUUAAAGUGUCCCUUUCUGCCACCUACUAUUGUGCCUGCUGGGACUCGUCAACCCACAGUGAGAAACCAGACAAUACCCUACAAAAACCCAAAGUGACGGUCUACUCAGAGUCCAACCCUGAGUCGAAGGUGAACACCCUGCUAUGUCUGGCUGGAGACAUGUUUCCAGACUUGGUCAAGAUCUCAUGGAAGCUGGAGGAUGAAAACGGCAGAGCAGUUGAGGUGCCUAAAGCAGAGGGGGAACAGCUGGAGCAGAGGGAGGAAGGACGGACGACCAGUAUGAUCAUCAUUGAUAGAGAGAAGAUUUACAGGAACAAAUUCAUCUGUUCUGUGGAGCAUGAAGGGGGCCCUCAAGAUGUUUACAUGCUAAAAGAAAAACCAACUGAAGCUCCGCGAACCACAGUGGCUUCACCAACCUGCCUGUUCAGAAAUGACACGCAGCAGUCACAGACUCUACAUCUUGCCGAUGAAUCCUUCCAGUCAACGUGCAGUCUGAACCUGGCCUCUCUGGUUUAUACAGUGAUGAUAGUGAAGAGCAUGGUGUACUGCUGUGGGCUCUCUCUCCUGCACCACAGGAACAUGGGAAGAGGACCCAGCACCUGUAGACACAUUCAUUGAAAGGAGACCACCCCCCAUGUAUGGAUAGAAUUGUAGUGGGAGGUAAACAACAUGGACUUUACAUCCCAUUGAGGUCUAACAUUUUUAUUUGUAUUGCUUUUAUUUUUCCUGCUUUAUUUUUUAGAUGCUACAAUAUUGUGAGCCAUAGUUUUCCAUGUCUUCUAAUAGCUUCAACUGCCAAUUGCCCUGCAAUAUGUCAGAGGUAGGCCUAAAUUAUACUCACAACCUGUAUUUAAUUUAUACAAAAUAUCUACCUAAAUAUGUAGGCCCAUGAGUUCUAAAUCAUUAUCCAAUAUAAUAUGUUGUAACUUGUCUUGUAUUGAAGUGUAAUUUUUCUCAAGAAAUUAGUUUUUCUAACAUAGUAUUUCACAUCUUAAUUAAUGAGUAGGAGAAUCAAUUGUUGCAUUAAAUAUCUAAAUGCUGAGUGCUUAUUGAGCGUAAAAAUUGGGCUAUGCGCAAAAUCAUUUAUUGGUGCUUUUUUACAUUUAAUACAAUGUUUUUUUAAUGCAGCUUUUAUGAAGAGUAACACAGCCUGCUCAAAUUAACCAAGUUGCUCAAAAUAAUAAUAUCCUUUCAGAUGAGGAUGGAUUUAAUAAACGCUGCUUUUGUGAAUGAAAAGUCACAACAAUGGUUCUGCAAAUUUUAAAGUUCCUUGCUGCUUUGUAUGAAUAAAGGCUACCUAAUAUAUAUAACAUAGCAUUUCUUUACUAUAAGAUCAUCUAUUAAUAUUUGUGAAUGUUAUUUGAUUGAAUCUUAUCAGAAGCGAAACAAUAAGAUUGUAAGAUCCCCUAUUCUCUGUUUUCAACUUGUUUGCUUCAAUGUGCAUGUACCAACACAGAUGUUGAGCCUAGACUCAAUAGUGGUGGGAAAAUGCGGUUAAUGUAUAUUUGGUUUUCUGAAGAAAUGUGAAACGGUAGUUACUGGAAACAAGAUAUAGCUAGCUGCAUAACCACAGCUUGAGUGUGUGAAGAGAUAGUUAUCCAAAGCUGCUGGAAGGUUCAUUUUUAUCUUGGUCCGUUUUCAGCUACAUUUGUGGGUUCGGCUCUUGCCAUCAAAUUGAAGAAUAUGACAGCGAUGGGAAGACGAGUUCAUAAUGGUAGCUUAUGGUUCCUGCAUUUGUAGAAUUAUAGCCCUAUGACAAAACAAGCUCUUUAUACUUCUGUUUAUGUGUAUUAUUUACCUUGAAACAAUCAAAUUAAAUGAAAUCAGGGUUGAGUGUUUAGCUUGUUUUCAACACAUCUUUGGAAAGGAAACUAACAUUGUUAUCCAAAGUAAUAAAUACAGUAGACUUAU